GCAUCGAAGAAAGAGGCUUAUCCCCCCUUCAUCGACGAACGCGAAGCACAGCAUCUCUCCAAUCCCACAUCUCUCCAAAGAAAAGAUUGACCACACACACACACACACACACACACACACACACCGAAACAAGAAACAAACCAAAAAAGCCCAGUCCAGCCCCUCGCUUCCUGUAACAGGCGCGCCAAAUCUUGCCCACACUAGCAGACACUGCUGCACGAUCGAAGCCCACCACCUCAUUGUCAUCGCCUAUUACACUACCUCACUUCUCGCUAGGCCUUUUGCCUUGAUUUAGAGCAAGAUCAUCCGAGACGAAGUAAUCUUUUGUGCAAUCCACACACGAUGCCCAGUCCGGCAUACUUCGCAGAGGGAAGACGAUAUAGCCGCGUCGACCCGACAUACGGUUACCCGGAACGUCAGCAACGACAUCACUCGCAUUCUACUGAAGCGCGGACAUCAAACAUGGCUGAACGAGAGAAUGAAACGGAUACACCUCCCCGCAAGCGCAUUGCCGUCGCUUGUGGCCGCUGCCGGAAGCGCAAGAUUCGCUGCAGCGGAGAUACGGGCAACGGACUUCCAUGUCAGAACUGCAAGGCCGCCGGCGCCGAGUCCUGCAUGUUUUUACGAGUCGCCUCGACAGAAGCUCCCUGGGUAUCUACUGAAGCAUCUUUCUCAUACGACCUCAAGGCCGCGAGGGCAUACCAAGCCCACCUGGGCACCUCCCCCAUGACGUCGUCCCCGCCUCACCACUACACCUCCGACAUUCACGACGGCCUUCCCCGCUACUCGUCAACAUCGACUGGCUACUACGCCGGAAAGUACUACCCCUCUCCCGCAACUAUGCCGAGCUGGUCCGGCACGCCGGGCUACUCAGACGACGCUGUGGACUACGGCCCCGCCGCGGUGACCACCAUGGGAUACCCGUACUCUUACCAGCAGGCCGCAGACACGAGCUACUACUACCGCGUAAACCCCGCCGCAAAGGUUACCGCAGCGGCACCGAGCGCGGGCGACUUAUACGUCAACACGGCGGACGCUGUAGCGGCAGCGGGAUAUGCCUACACCACUAACGCCGGCUCAGUCACGCAGCUUCCCCACCGGCCCGCGACGACAGUGGCAGCGGCAGCGGUGCAGCAGAGCGAGGGCCAGAACUUCUCUUUUACUGGCGUCGCCGCCUCCUUGCCCCCCGCCGGCGACCGUCGACUCCCCGACCCUGCUACGCGUCAGCCCAUCGCUAACGCAAACGUUCUAUCCUACCGUACAGAAGGCGCCGCCGUCCCGUCCUCUACGGAGUCGACAUCGACAAAGUCGUCCGGUAGCCCGACGUCUCAGACCUCCCCCAUCUCAGACGUGACGAGCUACGGUACUUCGGGCCCCGGCAGCUCAGGAAGCUUCGAGACGUCGCCCGUGUCGGCGUACCCGCCUCCAUCGCACACUCUCCCCUCCAUGACGCAGCAGCAGCGUAUUUCCAACGCUGAGUUGGCGGGAUACCCACCGUGCACGACCAACAACAGCAGCGAGGCCAUCUUCAGCGCUCCGGAAACGAGUCUCCGAUCCGCGUCUGAUUCCGAUUUGAGCUACAAGUACACCGACGCCUCCACUGUGCCGUCAGGGGCAAGCAGAGACGGCAGCGGCCGUCGACGAAGCGGCGAGACCUCGAGUCCCACGUCCUCCUCGUCCUCAACUACCCCUGUCGCUGGUGGAGGCUCGCUUUCCAAUGGGCAGCAGUACACCGUCACCACACCGUCUCCGGGCAUGUACCCUGCCAUGAGUCAUCACGGAAGGCAUCAUAUCAACCAGUACAUGCUUUCCGAGGAGGUCGCGGCCGAGCAUCAUCAGCACCAGCAUCACGGCCAUCACCCUGGCCACGGCCACCACCACAGCAGUCGCCACCACUCGGGUCGCAGGUUUGCGGGUGGCUUGUCCGCCUCCUAGGUGGUAUCAUCUGCUCCGGCCGGCCGGCUAGAGUGCUUGAUACCUACCUCACUAUUGGUGGUGCCAGCAAAUGGAUCGGGGGCCCCCUUUUCACGAUGGCACUUACCACUUGUUACAACAUUUUUCGCUUGCUUUAUUUUAUUCAUCCACUCCUUUCUUUGCAU